GUCGUGGGCACUCUCUGUGUCCUCUUGGGCGUAUUCUGUUUGAUGUUUUAUAUAAAGCCUGUCAUCAAGAAAUUAGAGAAAUAUCCCAAGAGUAUGUGGAGACUAGGCUCAGCAUAAUAAUAAAAAAUGACAGUGAUCAGGUUCCUGAAAAUGAUUGGGCCCUUUUUUUUUCUUCUUCUUUCCUUUCUUUUAUUUCCUUUUUUUUUUUUCUUUAUUCCAUUUAAAAUGACAUUACUGUCAUUUCUUCUUUUAUUCCCAUUAUUUAUUCUACAUUCAGUCCAUUGUGGUGCAUUUAUAUCUUCAAAUCCUGUCAUUUUAUAUUCCAACGGAACAAUAUCACAGUGGAAUACUGCAUAUAUAAAAGCAGAAGAGUUUAAAAGUAUUAUUACAUUUGAUAAUUUAGUUCAACCACCUUCAGCUGGGCUAGAAGUAUAAUAGACAAAUCAAUGUAUAUAAAAAAGAUGAUCCUUAAACGUCUAUAGGGCAUACUUUACGAUAGAGGAUAUUCAUGCAGUAUACACAAUACAUCACCAUUAAAGACAGAAAAGUUCAAUAGGAUAGCCCUGGUCAAGUAUGG